AAGCAUAUUAACCUUAAUGGAAAGGAAAGAGAAAGAUCACCUUAACUUGGUCGUCAUUGGCCAUGUUGACUCAGGAAAGUCAACCACUACUGGGCACCUUAUUUAUAAGCUCGGAGGUAUUGACGAGAGAACUCUUGCAAAGUUAGAAGAGAAAGCACUCGAACUUAACAAGGCUUCCUUUAAGUACGCCUUUGUGCUAGACAACCUUAAGGCUGAGCAGGAGAGAGGUAUUACUAUUAACUGUGCUUUGAGACAGUUUGAUACUCCUUCCAGGAGCUACACUAUUAUCGAUGCUCCUGGACAUAAGGAUUUCAUUAAGAACAUGAUCACUGGUACUUCUCAGGCAGACGCAGCAGUCCUCAUCAUUGCUGCUAAGAAAGGUGAAUUCGAGGAUGGAUUCAGCAGAGAAGGAUCCACUAAGGACCACGCUUUGCUUGCAUACACCAUGGGUAUCAAGCAAGCCAUUGUUGCCAUCAACAAAAUGGACACUAUUGAUUACGAUGAGGAGAGAUUUAAUGAGAUCGUAGAGAACGUCUCUGACCAUCUGGGUAAAAUCGGAUACAAGAAGGGAAAUGUUAAAUACAUCCCUAUCUCUGGAUUUGAUGGAGACAACAUGAUGGAGCAGUCAGAAAACCUUCCAUGGUUCAAGGGUCCAACUCUAACUGAAGCUUUGGACGAAUUCAAGGUCCCUAAGAGACCAAUUAAGAAGCCUCUCAGAAUUCCAAUUCAGGAUGUUUACAAGAUUGCUGGAAUCGGAACUGUUCCAGUCGGAAGAGUUGAAACCGGAGUUCUUAAGAGAGGAAUGGAAGUUCAGUUCACCACUGGAGCUACUUCUGAAGUAAAGUCUUUAGAAGCUCAUCACAACAAGCUAGAGGAAGCUGAGCCAGGACUCAAUGUUGGAUUUAACGUUAGGCUGGAAGCAAAAGAAAUUAAAGCUGGACAUGUUUGUGGUGAUGCCAAAAAUGACCCACCUAAAAACGCAGAGAGUUUCAUUGCUCAGGUUAUUGUUAUGAAUCACCCAGGUCAUAUCAAGGCAGGAUACCAGCCAGUGUUGGACAUUCACACUGCUCACGUUGCCACCAAGUUCAAAACUUUGCUAUCCAAAAACGAAGCUAGAACUGGAAAAUUGAUUGAAGAGGCUCCAAAAUUCUUAAAGAAUGGAGAGUCUGGUAUUGUCGAACUCGUUCCUACCAAGCCACUAUGCGUUGAGGAAUUCUCCAAGUACGCCGCUUUAGGUAGAUUCGUUAUCAGAGACAUGAAGAGAACCGUUGCCGUUGGAGUUAUCCAAGAGGUAAUCCACAAGAAGGAGACCAAGAAGAAGGCCUCCAAGAGGUAGC